CACCAUCUGGAUCACAUCAGUGGAAUAAAAAAGCUACAAAGUGCAACAGGAACAGAGGACGCUUGGAUUUAGACCAGUUCGUGUGUUGUACUUUUUUAGCAGAGAUGUUUUUACAGGCUUUGCUGCUACUUUUGUUUUCUGUGUCUGCCGCCCAGCCGAACGGCACUGCGGGAGUGAGAACCUUUUCCUUUAGUUUAUUCGACCAGGAUGCAGACAAACUGGACGUCGAACAUUACUUUGAUCCACUUGAUGCUGAAAAUCAUUCAAGAUUUGAUCAGAGGCGUUUGAACACUAAUACCAGUAAUCACACCAACAUCAGAAAGAAGAUACUGUCAGAUGAGGCCGUGCUGUUUCUCACUGGUCCUCUGUCCACCAUCUUCAUUCCAUCUUUCUACACAGUCGUCUGCCUCCUCAGUGUCCCUCUCAAUGCCAUCGCCAUAGUAACCUUCGCUCGGCAGAUCAAGCCCAAGAAACCAGCAGUGGUCUACAUGUUGAAUCUGGCCUGUGCUGACCUGCUCUUCGUCAUGCUGCUACCUUUCAACAUCUUCUACCAUUUUAAUGGCAACAACUGGACACUCGGUCCUCUGUUAUGCCGCGUGGUCACGGCAGCCUUCUACUGUAACAUGUACUGCUCCGUCCUCCUCAUAACCUGCAUCAGUGUGGACCGCCUGCUGGCUGUCGUCUACCCCAUUGAAUCUCUGUCUUGGAGGCAUCCACAGGUUGCCAUCACAGCCUGUGUGUUCAUGUGGGUGUUGGCCUUGGCGGGCUCGGUGCCCCUCGUCCUCUCAGAGCAAACUGUUGAUUUACCAGAUUUGGGCAUCAUCACUUGUCAUCAUGUCCAGCGUGUGGAUGAGAACCGAUGGUACUAUAAGAUCUACUUUAUCACCAUCUGCUGCACCUUGUUCUUCCUGCCUCUGCUCAUCACAGCAGCUUCCUACACUCGAGUCAUCUGGACGCUAAGCAGGGUCCCACAUGGAGUUGAAGGACGCUCACGUAGAAAGACAAGAGCCCUGGUGUUGGCUUUAACAGUGCUGGUGAUAUUUGUGCUCUGUUUCACCCCAACAAACUGUCUCCUGCUGGUGCACUACCUGCACUUUACUGAUGGGGUCAGUGCAGUCGGCCAAGAUGUGCCUGAUGGAACCUACACAGCAUAUCUGGUCUUCAUGUGUUUGGGAAGUCUGAACUGCUGUCUUGACCCCCUGGUUUACUACUUUGGAUCAUCCCAAUGUCAAAGACAACUGUCCAAUGUACUGAGCUGUCAGAAGAUUUCAGAGAUGCCUUCAUCAUCAGGCUCAUCCAGGUCCACCAGCAGAACAAUUCUGAAGUCCAGCAUUGUAAAAAGUUCCAAAACAAAUAUUCCAAUAGCCAAACAUGAUUCGUUUGAAGCAGAACUAAACAGCCAGUACAAUAAACUACUUGUGUGACAAUGUCAAAAACUGAACAACUGCAUGUGCAUGUUUUAUAAAACAGUAAACACACAAUCCACUGAAACUGCAGACUGCAUACUGGACAAACCCUCUGUGAUGACUGGGUCCCCCUAACUUCCAGCCAACAUAUAAAUGAGUAAAGAGGUAGUGUGGUCAACCUGGGUGGGUGGGAUGAAUGAAGCCUGAACACCUGCCCCCCCCCCCGGCCAUCUUGAAGUUACCAAACCAGUUAAGGCUAACAGACUAAAUUUGGUUUGGGUGUUUGGUAAAUGCAUAUGUUUGUGGACUCUGUGCCAGUUUUCAUAAUGAUUGGAUUAGUGUGAGUAAAGUAUGACUGACAUAUUGCCUCUGUAACAGUUUCACCAUGCGUGUCACCAAGCAACUUAUACCUGCUAAUUAGUGUUGACAUACAAAUUAAAUAAUAGCAAAAUUUUACUCGACAGAAAUACUGGAGCACAGACGUCUUGGUUGGUGCACUGCAGUUAACCGCACAGCAAGCUAUAUUAUCUCAGAUAUUUGAAAUGAGACACUUCAAAAGACAUGGUUGAGUCCACAGCAGCUAACAGACACUGAUUAGGAAAUUUCAAAUUAGGAAAUUUGAAAUAACAAAGUAUUUCUGGGAAACUGUGGUAAACAUUUAAUCACAUGAAGUGCUUUUGUCUGUACACCUUUUUAUGUGUGAAAGUUUUGAAUGUAGCAACAGAUUAACGUUUUUAACUGAAAGAAACUGUUCUUUGUUUUGUUUUUGUUUUUCCUGUUUAUGUAUUUGCACUAAUGUAGGAAUAUUUUCAGGCACUGUGAAGCUGUGUAUCAUGUUUUGCUUUUAAAAAUGUUUUAUUUUACCA